AUUAUCAAAAGUGAGGUGGAUAAAAGGACCAAAGGUCUUCAAAGACCAACAUUGGUUGAAACGUUGUGCAAUAAAUUCAUUCGGGAGCAGCAGCAACAGUGUAUGCAGUGCUCUGUGCUUCUCCUUUUUGUUGGGCUGUUGCUGGAUUACACCGCAGGUUCACCAGAGUCCAGUGACUUUCUCCAGACGACACUCACCGAAGUGGAACAUGCCGUGGCGUCAGCGAAAGCUUACCUGGAGAGAAUGUUUUCCAUCCGCCCCGUUCCCACCCGACCCACCUACGGAGACAACAUACACCUGAAGUGGGUGAGGUGGUCCGGCAGUCUGCCCAGGUGGGUCGUGAGUGUUUUCAAUCACCGUGACAACCGCACAGACUACAUCUGUGCGCCGAUGCGGCGUUGCGAGUACGUGGCCGGUUACUACAACCCUUCCCUUGGCCCGCGCUGCUUUACUCCUUGCGACAAAAGUGACCCCAGCGUCGGAAACGAGUUUGACCUGCUGGUGAACGACCACCAGCUGGAGUUGCUGGAGUGGGUCACGGUGGAGUACUUUAGUUACGGAGAAGCCCCGUCCAACGCCGUGCGCGUGAGCCUGAACUCGAAGAAAGACGGCUACAUCUUCCGAGAUGAGGACGGUAUUGGCAGCUACAUAGUGUUUGCUCCAAGGAGGCGUACGAGGCGCGCUCCCGAAGGUUUCAUAGAAAUGCUUCAUGUGAACCAGGGCAGGUACACGGAGCAUCUAUUUGAUGUUGAGUACGACAUGGAGCAGAUGAAGAUCCUCUCAGCAAAGAGGCUGCAGAUCUCCAAAACUACAAUUGCAAACAAAGGUGACUCUCUUAGGGACCAGCAGGUGGUGCUGACAGGGGAGACACAGCUCCAUGGCACCUGGGAGACCAUCUCCUCCAAACGCCUCGUCAUCUCCACCUCCAUUACGGCUCACAUUCCCCACCUCAACUCCAGCUUCUUGUCCACUAACAGCACACCCAGAAGCAUCAUGGGUGACUCUGUGAGUGAGACGGUCUCUCACUCUGUGUCUGGAACUGUCCCCUUGCCGCCCUUCCCACCUACCUGUCAGGUGUGGAUGAGGGGGAUGCUGUACUCAGUCAGUGUCCCCUUCAACGCCACUCUGGAGAAGACCUAUGAGAGCGGAGCUGUGCACAUGGCCACUGUGCCUGGCAUCUACAUGGGCACCCAGGUGGGCAGCGUGGACAUGGUGGUCGACUCCUGUGUCAUUGAUGAUCAUUUGAUAUGAUGAUAUGCCAGUCUCUUAGAGCCGUCUCUGUGUGUGUGUGUGUCUGAGAGUGUUUGUAUGACAGAGAGUGUGGGUGUAUGUGUGAGAGAUAGUGGGUGUAUGAAAGUGUGAACACAACCAUUUCCAAAUAAAAAGUUAAUAUUAAAACAAAAAAACUGAAUGUAUACAGAUAAUAAUCUCUGUUUUGUUAUUAGAAUUUCAUGUGAUUGCAAACAUUAUUUGACCAUGGAGACCUAAGAUUUGUUAAAAAAAAGGCUCAAUUUGUAAACAAAAUACUGAAAUGUGCUUCAGUUAGUAGUACUGCAUUCAUGGAAAUAGCUCAAAUAAUUAUUCUGUCUGUGUAGUUUUAACCCUUUCAUGCCACAUAACCUCAUAUGGGCAGUAUCGAUAGAUGCAUUGCAAUGUUGCAACUGUAUUUACAAUUUUGUAUUCCAAACAUCAUCAAUCCAAGAUGGCUGACAAGCUAUGUACAAAACGCUUCAGGUAUAUUUGUGAAAAGCUUUUAUUCUAGUAGGCCAAUUUAGAUUAAAAACAUAUUAACAUACAAAAACAUAUCAACA